UCUUUGCGCCUGCGCAGAAGGCAGCGUUGCUCUCUGGCUCGCAGAGUGUGAAGGGGUCGAGGCAGAUGCUGCUCUGAAGGACGACUGAAGGGAGGAGGAGGAGGAGGAGAAGGAAAAGGGGAGGCGAGGAGAAAGAGGGCUGCGGCCUUCUCUGGCUUCGCGCCAUGACGGCGAACGAGGACCAAGAGAUGGAGCUAGAAGCCUUGCGGUCGAUUUAUGAAGGUGAUGAGUGUUUCAGGGAACUUAGCCCAAUAUCAUUUCAAUAUAGGAUAGGUGAAAAUGGAGACACUAAAGCCUUCCUGAUAGAAAUAUCAUGGCCAGAAACAUACCCCCAAGCAGCUCCAGUAAUAUCUAUGGAUGCAUUCUUCAACAAUGCCAUAUCCCCAGCUGUGAAGCAAAGUAUAUUAAAUAAAUUAAUGGAAGAAGUGGAAGUUAACCUUGGGACCUCUAUGACAUACACCAUUUUUGAAUAUGCCAAAGAUAAUAAAGAAUUAUUUAUGGAAAAUCAACCUGCCCUUACUGUGACAGCAUUGAACAAUUGCAUCCCAACUGGACAUUCUGAUGUUGUUCAACCCAGUAAGAAAAAAGAAAAAAAAGAACAAUUAACAAAAACACAAAAACGCAAGCUAGCAGAUAAAACAGAUUCCAAAGGGGAACUUCCUCGAGGAUGGAAUUGGGUUGAUGUUAUCAAGGUAAUAUAGAUCACGCUUUAAGUGCAUUACAUGUGUGUAGUUUCAGGAGAUUUUAGCAGUAUCUAACCCCUUUCUCUCUCUUUCCUUAUAUUUUGGACACAAACAACAUCUGGAUUAUCUCCUUGCGUUUAAAUAGCAUCUAAGCAAAACAGGCUCCAAGGAUGAUGAAUAAGAAGACUGAUAUAGGAAAAUGUAAACUUUUAUUACAGUGCAGUCAACUACCUUUGGCUCUUUUUUCACUUUUUAUAAAACGAUAGUUCCUCAUAUGCUUAAAUGUGUAAAGGUGUAUUGAAUGACGGGGAUAUUUUCCUAGUCUAUAUUACUUCAUAACACAUAUUUGCCUUUUAGAAAAGUAUGCUGAAGCUGGUAUCAUUCUCACUGACACUUAAUAUUUAUACCAAUUCACUAGCUGUUCUAAACUGUGAAUACAUUCGAUUAUGAAAUAUCAGAAGUAGACAUGAAGAAUGUUUGUCUUGUUAGAUGUUGUUGGACUACAGCUCCCAUUUUCCCUUGCCUUGGUUAGGGCUGAUGGGAGUUUCAUUGUAACAAUAUCUGGAGGAUACAUGCUUCUCAUCUCUGAUCAAGAACAUAGUUAAUUUCGAACUCCUCCUAAAAAGUCCAGGACUUUUAAUAGCUACUGUUUUUAUUGUGUCCUCAGGUUUACCUUUAAGCUCUCAAGAAGUAAUUCCCAAAUUUGGCUCCUUAGAUAUUGUUGGGAACUGAAAUCCAACUUCUGGAAAUCCAAAUUUGGGAGCCACUAAUUCAAAGGAUUAGCAGUUGGUAUUAUUUAAUUUUUGCUCAAUUAUAUCUGUAUGUUUUCAAAUACUAUUGAUUACUUAUUUAUCCAUUUGGUUACGCCACCAAGGUGUGAGUGUUUUCUUGAGCUAUCAUUACAAAAAGCUCAAAGUAGCUUGAGCCACUAUAUUUUAAAAAAAUGUGUUUUCCCCUGGAUCCUAGAAUGAGAUCACAUAGUUUCCCUUCUGUAAUAUUGUCAUACUCUGAUAGACAUCACUAGUGACAUAGAAAACACUAGACACUAAAAGUAACAGGUAUGUUUACAUCCAUGAUUUUGGCAAGUCUGCUACUAUACCAUUAUUGACAAUAAUGUGCAGCAAUGCCCCCCCCCCCAUCCUACCCCCCAAACUAUUGCAUUGUUUUCAGGGGCAAUCAGCUUGUGUCAAAGAAUGAGUGUUUUCUUGUUCAACUGAACACACUGUAUUACACAGGCAGAUGCCACAUUGUGCUCUAGGCUUCUCUUUGGCCAAUGAUCAAGUUAUCUUGCGAUUUAUAGAGCAGCAAGGAUAUAAUAUUGAACUUUCUAUCAGGUAAAUUAAAAGGGAAGAAAAAAAUACUAUCCUAUUGACAUAACCCAUAGGCAGCUCAUGCAUAAACCAAUAAGCAACAAGUAGGCAUGCUCUUAAGUAGACAAGAAAAAUGUCUGAUGUGUGAUCAGCAAUCACACGCUUGUCAGAAUAUCCCAUAUGAUCUGUAUAUAAGGUGUUUCAAAAUAAUGUACCCAAUUUCUUAUUAUACCGCUUUGAAACUGGAUCCAUCAUUUUGAAACACUAUUUGUCUCUAUACAUAGAGUAACAUUAUGAGUGGAGGAUGGACAGUGCUAGCGACACUAUCCAUCCUCCACAUUACAAUAAGACAUUACAAUGAUGACCUCGUUGUGGACAGUACUAAUACAUUACUGGGUUGGAGGACUACAAUAGAAGUCCAAAGAUGGGGGCUUGAGUGUCACCCUAUAAAGCUACAAGAUUUGCGACUUCCUACAAGCAAAUAUCCACAGAUAUAUAAACCCUACUUGCCUAGUUUCCAACACACCUCACAAUCUCUGAGGAUGCUUGCCAUAGAUGUGGGUGAAACGUCAGGAGAUAAUGCUUCUGGAACAUAGCCAUACAGCCUAGAAAUCUCAAGCAAUUCAAAUAUUAGUUUGGAUUAAAAAGAAAGAGAGAAUAGAACUGCAUUUUGAACUUCCCAUAGUAGACUCUGAGGACCUCAUUGCACUUGUGUUUUAAAGAGUAGGUAAAGCAUGUGAGCCGCUUUCAAUCCUGUGCCUGCCUCCUGCAGAAAUCAGGGGUUUUUAGUUUGAGGUGGGGCCUUUGAAAUUCUCACCCAGAGAAGUUCUUCUAACUUAACUAUAAACCCCAGAAUUCUGCAACAGGCAGAACUCUUUAAAACACCAGUGUGAUGAAGUCAAGACACUAUAAACACAUAGCCACAGAGGUAAGCAAAUGAAAGUCUCACGAUGUAGCCUAGCAUGACACAACCCUUUGUGUAAAAUUAAGUCUAAACUUCAAUUCCAGAUAAAAUUGUCUUGUGGAAAAGGCUAGAAAAGUUAUAAACAAAGGGAAACAAGUAUGGUUCAUAAAACAAUGCCAAAUUUACUUAUUUCUUUAUUGCAGAAUGUGCAUCUUUCUCUUGAUCCAUUGAUUCCAAUUAUUUACUAUGUCUGCAGCCAUUCUCCAUACAUCUUCUGUUUUAUUUCUUGGCUUAUUACCAAACUACACUAACUAGAGGGGACAGGAGGACAGUGAACUAGUUUGGAUAAAACCUAUUUUUGCAAGUCGGAGUGGUAUCAGACACUAAGCUGUUGUUAAAUUAUGGGGAAGGAGCUUUAAAAACCUCAUAAAUGACUGUCACAGAUCAAUCCAGGUACGGUCUCUUGUAGGUAUAGAUACAUGAUCCAGUCUAUCCUCAGAGUCUGAAAAUAGCCCACUACCUGGACACUCUGGAUUAAGAUCAGGGAAUCUUGCAAGUUAUUGUUUUCAUUCGUGUGUUUCUAAACACGAAUGUCAUAUAUAAUAGGACUUAAAAAAUAGAGAGCAUUAACACCUAUUUAAUAGCUAAAAAAUGCCAUAUAUUUCAUGGACUACAGGUCACAAUGCUAACUAGGAAGAAAAUUCUAUUUGAAAAAAUCUGUGAUGAAGAUGUUACUAUCACAUCAAAACACCUUCUGUAUUGAAAAUGUUUGGGGAUUUUUUUUCCUCAAAAGGGAACUAGAUCUUGGUGCUGCUUUUCAUUCAGUUUCCAUUAUUUUCUUCCCAUGGAGAUAUAGGAAUUGCCCUUCGUUUUCUUGUAUUGUUAAUGGAUAAAGAGAUGGAGGGAAACAGUCCACUGAAAGUACAGAUUAGUCUUAUUUGGAUGUGCUGUCUUGUAUCUGAAAGUUCUCUUUACCGGAUAAAUAGUAACAUAACAUAAGAUGCCUUAAUGCCAUCUAUUUUUUAUUGUUGGACAGAGGAGUUUAAAUAAAUAUAUUUAUCUUC